AUGUCAGAGAACCAUGGCCUAAACACAGAUCCUAUCCACCAAUUUCUUAUCGAGUGCCAUAAUAUCUCUUCCCAGGCAACCUUCAUGGUCGACUCUCUUCCGAAUGCUGAAACAACAGCAGUAGAACGAGUUGUUCACCAGCUUUAUGCGAUUCGAACUAUUCUUCAUUCUUUAGAUGAUCAUCAGAUGUCUGAUGAGGACAUCAAUCAAUCACGCCUAUGGCUUGAUGUACGCAAAGAUUCUCUUGAAACAUACCGGCAAAUCUUUCAGUAUUUGGAAGAGAUGGAUCUCUUAGAUAUGGAUAACUUGGUUCAUCGUGUUUGUCUGUUCUUGGUGUUCCAUCCAAGAAUCCAGGCCUCCCUGGAUCGUACCCGUGAUGCAUGGAAUCAUCAUCAGCUUCGCACAGAACACUACAAGACUCCCAUCGCGAUAUAUGAACUUAGCCGUGAAAAGGCGAUGCGACGUGGAUACUGGACAGGUGAUCCCGGAGAUAGCACUGAUGAAGUGAGAGGGAAUCCGUACUAUGGCAUCGACGGAGAUAUCAACGAUAACUAUCCUUUUGCUCCCCCAGAAGCAGGGGAGAGCGCAGGCGAAGAAAACGAAGCUGAUGUAGCUCUAAACAACGAUGAGGAGAUUGAGUUUGUGAAGGAAUUGAUGGGAGAUUUCAAUUUUGAGGCAGAGGAUUCAAAUUGGGGGAUAGAGGUGUAUUGCGAGGCGGUUAUUAAACUUUCAGCGAUGGUUGAAGCUCACAAUACAAGUAUUCCCUAG